UAGGGGAAUUUAAAAGAUGUUAAGAUUUAGAAAUUGUUUUAUAAAUAUUCAUAUUAAUGGAGAUAAAAAUUGUGUAUGAUUUAUAAAUAGAAUAUACUAUAGUUUAAGUAUGGGAAUUCAAGGUCUGCUCCCAUUUUUGAGGAAAGCUUCUAGAGAGGUUAAUGUUAAUGUCUUUGCCGGAGUUACUGCUGGAGUGGAUGCUUAUUGCUGGCUUCAUAAAGGAGCAUUUUCGUGUGCUGAAAAACUAGUCAAGGGAGAAAAAACUGAUGGGUAUGUUUUGUACUGCAUGAAGAUGGUGAAUUUGCUGCUUGGAGCUGGUAUAAAGCCAGUAUUGGUUUUUGAUGGACGACAUCUUCCAUCUAAAAAAGUUACAGAACAAAAGAGGAGAGAGAACCGAGAAAAGAGCAGAAAAAAAGCAAAAGAAUAUCUUCGAGAAGGAAAAUUAAAAGAAGCAAGGGAGUGUUUUCAGAGAAGUGUUGAUGUCACCUCAGAAAUGGCUCAUGAAUUGAUUAAGGCGUGUCGACAGAAAGGUGUAGAUUGUAUCGUAGCUCCAUAUGAAGCUGAUGCACAGUUGGCCUACCUCAAUAAAAUUGGAAUUGUACAAAUAGUUAUUACAGAAGAUUCAGACUUGAUAUUAUUUGGAUGUGAAAAGAUACUCUUUAAAAUGGACACAGGUGGAAGAGGUAUAUUGGUUGAAAAGACCAAGAUUCCUGUAAGCAUGGGAAAUCAUGCUGAGAGUUUUACAUUUGACAAGUUUCGAUAUAUGUGUAUUUUGUCUGGCUGUGAUUAUCUCCCAUCCCUUCCAGGAAUUGGAUUAGCUAAGUCUUGCAAGUUUUUCAGCUUGACAACUAAUCCAAACUUAGAAAUGGUGUUGCCAAAGGUCCCAACAUACUUGAAAAUGCCAAACUUAGAAGUCUCCUCUAUAUACAAAGAGAAUUUCAUUAAGGCCAACAACACAUUUUUAUAUCAAUUGGUAUUCUGUCCUCUUCAAAGACGUCUUGUUCCACUGAACCCAUAUCCUAAAGACAUUGAGCCAGAGACAUUGACUUAUGCUGGAGAAUAUUUUGAUGAUGCUUUACAGUUUGCUUUGGGAAACUUGCAUGUCCACACAAUGAAGCCAGUUGACAACUUUAAUCCUGAUAAAGCAAAGAUCCCCAAAAGUAUGACAUGGUCUGGCAAAGAGAAUUCAAUGCUUCGGCUUAGCAUUUGGGAUAAAAACUAUAAAGUGUCUGAAUCCAGCGAGGAAAAGCUCCAGUAUGUAUCAAGAAUUCCAUCUACUCAUGGAAAAGAACUGGCACUCAGAACUGAUCAAGUUCUUCACUCUAUUACUCCUAAAAAACGAACUAGAGAAAACAAAGUUCUUGUUCCUGUUAAUACUGCACCCUCAGACGAAGAAUUAUUUUCAAUGUACAUGUCACCUUCUCCUCACAGUGCCAAAAAAUGUAAAGUGGAGAGUAAUGAUCCAAGUGCUGUUCCUCAGGUAAUAGCUGAGACCCCAGAAAAACCAAAAUCCAUUUUGAACAAAUUUAAAGUUUGUGGAAACAAGCUCACUUCAACACCUGUUGUUCGCAGUAGGUUUUUCUUCAAGUCACCACCUCAAGAGAACACAACAGUUCAUAAGAAUGAACACAGUGAAGUUUCUUGGUUGGAUGAAAUUGACAAGCAGUACAAUAGUCUCCAGAUAGAUCUGCCCACUGCAUCUCAGCAGCCAGGAAAGGAAGUUGUUAAUGGUGAAAAUGUCAAUAUGGAUGGAGAUGAUCCAGAAAGUGAAACCACAGCUAACUUUGGUUCUACUAGAAAUAGAAAACAAAAAACUUCAUUUCAGGAUGAAAUAGAAACUUCUCUUGAUGACAGCUUACUCUCAUCAUCUGGACGAGACUCGAGAAGUUUUCAGUGGAAAAGGGACAAGCUACAAACACUUUUUUCCUUUCAAAAGAAAAACUCCAGCUUGUGUCUUCAAAGCAGCCCAGCUUCUCAGUCAAGUUACAAGCCUAUACAUCCUUUAGAAGAGAACAGUGAUGGAUCUCAAGGCUCAUCUCCCCUAACAAACUGUAGCAUAGAUCAGGAGUCUUUUCAUUUGUCCCAAGAUUCUGGAAAACUGUCAGAAUCUCAACCGUGCACUUCUUUCCUGGAUGAUGAAGAACUCUCUCCUCUGUCUUCCACUCCUAUAUCUCAUGAAUCUUCCUCUCCAUCUGAAGUAGCCCAACUAACUGAUGCUCUUGUAAGCACUGCAACUCAGAAAAACAGAUAUUUCACAGGAAACAAACGUGAAACGGGAAAAUGUCGUAGAAUGGGUUUGUCCAAAAAACCAGCUGAAACGACAACAGGUACCAAGAAACAGCUGAGUUUGAAAGAAAGUCUUUUCAAGUUCCAGUUUGAAAGGAAAAAACAAGUGUUUAAAAGUGUAGUCCAACAUCCAUCAUCAUAGAUCAAAGUAGAGUCCUGGCUUGAUGAUGACAUUAAAAUAUAUUAUACAUUGGUAUUGAUGUGAAGAAUCACUACAGAAAAUAUGGACAAAAUUGUGUUAGGCCUAAUUCAUUUCCAGAAUCUGGUAUUGUAAGUAGUAUAUUUAUUUUUUGUUCAAAACAUAAAUAGUGGCUAUAAAACACAAACAUUGUUUUUCUGCUUCAUUCAAAUUCUCUGUAUACUAAAUACUAUAAUUAAUUUUUAACUGUAUGUUAAAAAUUAUAACCAUAGUUGUAACAAAAAAAUUGCAUUUCAAAACAGUUUUUAAAUGUUAAGCCUUUUUCUAUUAAACAUUCUAAUUGUUUUAUUUUGCUAUACAUGACCUUGUUCCAAUGUUAAUAAACAGAACAAAUAGAUUGUGUAAUUGUGGGGUGUUGUGAGAAUAAUAAAUACAUUUUGACGAAGUAGAUCACUUGAAAUAAGGUAUUUAUAAUAUAAGAGAUGAAGUAAAGGUUAUGAAUUUAAUGUCAUACUUCAUGCAGUUAAACUCAUCAAUUAAAGAUACUGAAAAAUCAUGUAA